AUGUGCCGCACUUUAAGUUUCAUAGUAAUUAUCCUGUUACUCAACACCGCCACAGGAUGGACAGUUCCAGAAGUUAUACGACAGCUCAAUCGUGAUUGGGAUAGACAGCUCAAUGUAUAUUUCGACUGUCAAGAUCAGGAACUAUCCUUCGAUCAGAGUGUGUCAGUUUUGCAUCUGAAUACAUACUUUCCCAUGCAAAGACUGAUGGGAAGGUUUAGUGAGAAUGCCUUGGUUAUAGCCUGUUUAUCGGAAGCCACAGAAAACCGAACUCUGGAAGGAGUCAAGGAGUUUCUUUGGGCUUCACAGCACCUGCCUAUUUUUUACAUCACAAAUAAUAAUAUGAAUGUGGAUUUCAGCAAGGCUUUGAAAAGAGGAUUCCUGCAUGUCUUGGCUUUUGAUUUGAAAAAUGGAAGUCUGUACACCUAUAAGCCCUAUCCAAAAAUAAAAGUACAUCAAGUCAAAGAUAUCAAAGAUUUUAUGUUACUAACCAAGUUGACAAACCUGCAUGGAGAGCCCGUGAGGAUUAGUGUUGAAACUAUGUCACCUCGUUGUUUUCACUACAAAAACCGCCAUGGAAAGGUAGUAUAUGCUGGCUAUAUGUACAAGUUGAUCCAGGGAUUUAUUGAAACCUAUAAUGGCAAUGAGACUUAUGUUCUGAAAGAUCAAGAUCCCAUACCCUACAGUGUGGGUUUCCAAAUUUUACAAAACGGCGACGUUGAUAUUGUUCCCAGGAUACUGUUCAACUUUAAUUGGAAUUACUUUUAUCGCAGCUAUGUUCUUUAUAAUGUCAAUAGCUAUUUCAUAGUGCCUUGGGCAGAACCACUCCCGAAGAGUCUAUAUUUCAUAAGGACCUUUAAGUGCAAUGUUUGGAUAGCGUUUAUUCUAAGUAUCAUUUACGCCUCAAUUGCCAUUUGGUGGAUAAAAUUCAGAAAGCAAAGUGCGGAAUCAAAUUCUUUGGCAUCCACUUUCCUGGAUGUCCUCCAAUUAAUGGUGCAACUACCUAAUCCCAUUCAGUGGCAUUUCAACUUAGGCUUUCACCAUUUGAUUUCUCUUCUGGUACUUCUUCCAGUGGGGUUUGUAUUGACCAAUAUGUACACGGCCCAGUUGUCAAGCUCGUUAACCACUGGCCUGUAUAAGCAACAAAUCGACAGUUUCGACGAUAUGGUGGAUGGGAAAUUUAAGUUACUUCUCGAGAGUCUCGAUAAGGAAGUUCUGCAGAACAUGUCGAAGAGGAAUUACAUUCAGCCGGGUCUCCAAAACAUUAUUCUAGAAACAUCAUUGAAGGAGGUUCUUUAUUUCCGGAAAAAUCUUAAUACAAGCUAUUUGUAUCUGGCCUUCGGAGAUCGUAUUGAAUUUGAGUUGAGCCAACAGAAAUAUCUUCGAGUACCGCUCUUCAAAAUACUUCCGGAGAUCUUUGUCCAAAGUCUUUUUUUCAUACCGCUCCGACAUGGAUUGCCGUAUGUGGAAUUAUUCAACAAUUACCUCCAGAGGAUCUGGGAAUCAGGAAUCUAUGAAAAGCUUAGGUUGAAUGCCUAUUUCGAAGGAAUUGCCAGUGGAGAGAUAACCUUUCGAAAAUCCACAACCUGGGAAACACAGGUCUUCAAUAUGGAGUUCUAUUACUUUGCCUAUAUACUCUUGGCUGUGGGUUGGUUCUUAGGGGGUGUUAUUUUUUUGGUUGAGAAAUGGAGGGGCUAA